GGGAGGCAGACAAUGGCGGACGGGACGUGCGGGCCGGGGUCCGCUGUGCCCGCCAAACGACCCAGAUUGGACUUCCCGGACGAAACUUCCUCCCAGCAAUACGACGGUGACUUCCAUUGUUUCGCGGGAACCUCGGAGCUGCUCUCAGGUGGCUGCAGCAAUGCCACUGAGUUUACCCUCACCUCGGACUCUGGCUUCAACGAGCUCACGCCGCCCCAGAGUCUGGAAGACGACAUAGCCAACCCUGGGACAAACUCCACCCAAGGGGACGCUGCCUGCCGCCUGGAGAAUCACUUGAACAAUGACGCCAAUGACAGAUUGGUUGUGCAUGAUAACUCUCUUAGUUGGCCGCCGGAAAUCACCAACGGCACAGAGGAAGACGAUGAGGAGGAUGAGGAUGAGGAAGACAGGCAGUCGGUGGCCUCCACCACCUCCAACCUUAGUGGACUGUCUGACAUCUCCAACUUCUCAGGAAAGGAGUGGAAGCCAUGUGCCGGUCCCAUGUCGUGGGUGCAGGCACAGAUGCUUCGUGGUGUCAACCCUCGCAUUAUCCUCUCCCGUGUGUUGGGGGCCACGGCCAAGAUCCCCGAGGGGGUCAACGAUGUCACGCUAUGGCGCCUCAUUGUCAACAUGCUGUCUGAGCCACCGCGCAGGGAGAAGCUGCGUCACAUCAACACCAUAGAGGAUGUCGUCAGGCUGAUGAAGUCAUGCCGAAAAAUCAUUGUACUCACUGGUGCUGGGGUGUCUGUCUCCUGUGGUAUACCUGACUUCAGGAGCAGAGAUGGUAUUUAUGCCCGACUAGCAGUAGACUUCCCUGACCUGCCAGACCCCCAGGCCAUGUUUGACAUACACUACUUCCGGCGAGACCCUCGGCCCUUCUUCAAGUUUGCAAGGGAAAUAUACCCUGGGCAGUUCACUCCCUCCUUGUGUCAUAGGUUUAUUCGUCUAAUCGAACAACACAACAAAUUAUUGAGGAACUACACACAGAACAUUGACACGCUGGAGCAGGUGGCGGGAAUUAAGAACGUCAUUCAGUGCCAUGGGUCCUUUGCCACAGCCACCUGCCAGAGGUGUGGGUGCAAGGUGGAUGCCGAUGCCAUAAAGGACGAUAUAUUCUCCCAGCGGAUCCCCAAGUGUUCUCAGUGUGACGGGAUGGAGGAGGAGGCGGCGCCGGCGCCUGAGGUACAGAAUACUACCUCCGAAGAAGUGGCCUCCACCAUCCCUCAGCAAGACCCACCAGAUAGUAGCAUACACCUGAUGCCCCACAGACCUCCAGAUUCUCCCACAUACACGCCUCAACCCAUCAUGAAGCCGGACAUCGUUUUCUUUGGCGAGGGGCUGCCAGACGAGUUCCACGACAAGAUGGCCGAGGACAAAGAUGAGUGUGACCUCCUCAUUGUGGUGGGGUCCUCCCUCAAGGUCCGCCCCGUGGCCUUGAUACCUAGUUCACUGCCCUCACACGUGCCUCAGAUCCUCAUCAAUCGUGAGCCCCUCCGUCACCUAACCUUCGAUGUGGAGCUGCUAGGAGACUGUGAUGUUAUCAUAAAUGAGCUCUGUCACAGGUUAGAUAAUGGGUGGAAAGACCUUUGCUCUCAAGAACCGAUGAACGAGAUUCGUGAGCUGCCGCCGAGACCAAUCCCAACAAGUGUCAAUGGCGGCACGGGCAGCCCCGAUGGGGAGGACGCCAACAGCUUCCCCGGGCCCUCCAUGGUGGCCCCCCAGAAUGCCCCGCACCCCAGGGAUGAGAGUGACAUUGAGGCACUGCGGGCAUGCUGGGCCCCCAAGAUCAGGGAGACCGUGGCUUCAAGGUUGCCAGAAAACAUGUUCCUGUACACCGGCACUCAUAAAUACAUUUUCCCGGGAGCUGAGGUGUACUAUGAUCCAGAUGAUGAGUAUGAGGAAACCAAGUCUGUCAGCUCAGACACUGACAUUGACAACAUUGAGGUGAGGGAAGAUAGCCAAGAAUCUUUCCACAGCACCCACACCAAUGCCUCCACACACCACCCAAGGCAAGAUGGAGAGUUCAGCCCCACAGAAACUCCGCACCUUUCACCCGAGGAUGUGGACAGCCUGUUAUCCGCUGCAGACAAUGGUCAGAGCCAAGAGCCUGUUGAAGAUUGGACUAGUCUGAACGCGAGCUUAGACACAUCACUCGACUGUGACCAUACUCUGACGGAGUUUGAGAGAGACAGUGCCCAGCACAGUGAGGACAGUGCCUCACACGCCAAUGAGUCAACCAGUAAGAGGUGUUCGUCCCCCAGUGAUCUAUGACCUUCCUUCAAAAAAGAAAUGAGGGUGUAGAGUGUUGUGGGAUAACGUGUCUUCUCAUGCACAUUUUUAAGGGCUGACAAUUCUGAUGUUCUGGGGCUCCCACAAGGAGGCCCAGGGAAUGGCAACCAGCCUUACAAGAAUGCUUCUCUGGUUGCUGAAAUUUCCUUUUUUAGAUAAUAAAAAAGGCAAUUUUUUUCAACAUAUUAGCAACAUCAGUAGCAGCUUUAAAUGAAAGUUGUGUGUGAUUAACUCAUUAUUUAAUACCGUCCUUAUGUUUGUGUGUCCUCAUGUAAGGUAACAGAAAUUAUAGCCAAAUGUAUAAAACUAGGCAUGAAAUAAUUAUCUUUAUAAGAUAGAGCACAAUGUGCAAUCACUACUUUGAAAAAAAAGAAUAUACAUACCUGCUUUGAACAUGUGGAUCUAGCUCUUGAUCUUUGCUGGAAAGUUACAGUUGUACUGUUAGUUAGGGUUAAUUUUCUUACUAAAAAAUAAUUAAGGAAUGUGAAUAGCAUAUUUGUAUUUUUUUUUUACAAAGAUAUUUCAUUUGUUUCUGUGGAGACAAACCUGUCAGGGAAGCUACAGCCUCAGUCAUAGUAGUAAUUUUGGUGUAGAAUGAUGCUGAGGAUGCAGCUCCAUGAUGCUUUGUUACACAUUAUUUAACAAACCUGACUGUGAUUAUUUUCAUAUAUAAACUUUUUUGUGCAUACUACUUGGAAAUUCACACAGAAUGCAAUGAUUCCAUGGCCUGUGCCUAGCUUGUUGCAUCACUGGUGUAGUAAUGGGAUUGUCUUUUCUGGAAGGAGGUUCAGUUUGGUACAACUGAGACAUUGCAGCCACAGAAUCAAGAGUUUCGACAUGAGGCAAAAUGUUAACUACUGUGACGUCUUUGUUUUCAAUUCAACACAUGAAUGUCCAUGUUAGGAAAUGUUGAGUGCGUCUGAGUCACAAUCCGGGGUGUGUAUCAAGCAGUAUUGACUGAGUGGUAAUCAGAAAUACUUGGGGUUUGGGAAUGCUGUGCAGAAUAUGACUAAGGGGUCCCAAUACAUUUUUUUCCUAACACUACUGGCCCAGUGGUGUGAAGUGGAAAGGAAGGCGCUUGGCCUCCACUGAGCCCAUGUAUUGGCGAUGGUAGAAAACAGGGUUGUCUGAGUUAUCCUCAUUGUGUUCUUGCUUCACGUCUUCAGCUCCAGUUUCACCUUGAUCCAAGCCUACUUUUGACAUAGACAUAAUGUAGGAAACUUUGCCUUGCUUCAUAAAAAAAUUGUUAGGUUUUAGGGAUGGGUGAUGAACAGAUCGAGUUUUAAAAUGGCAAGCAAGGAACAGACUCCUAACUAACUCCUUGUGGAUGGAAAUCUGUAGCUUUGCAGAACUUGAUACAUACCAACUUUUCUUCCAAUGCGUUCCUAAUCUGUACCUCGGCCCUCCACACAAGGCUGCGAGGGGCUGGCGGUGCACUGUAGUUCCUCUUCUGAGGCUGGCUUAGACCUCCCUGUCCAGAUGCUGGUUGAACUUUAUUUUUUAUUUUAUUUUUUAUUUUUUUUAUUUUUAUUUUUCAGAGAACUAUCUUUAGGUCCUACCUCAUUUCUUGCUGCUAAUGUACAAGAAGCACCAUCAGAAAUAAGUGUAAAUUUCCUCACCUCUUAGGGGGCUUUCACACUGAAAUGGAGAAGUAAAUUGUUCUGUGUAUAUAAUCAAAUUGGUUACAUAUUUUUAUUUUACUUUAAUAUUUUCUAAUGCUCUUAAUAUGUACCUAAAAUUAUUUAAAUAGGUUUAAGUUUUCAGGGCUAUAUUUAUAACAGCUUGUUAGAAAUAUGCCCAGUUUUCCGUUACACUUCUUAAAUUGGAAAAUUGUUCCUUGGAUUACUUGUCAAAAGUAAUAAUUUCCCAAGCGUUCAUCAGCUGAACAUAGGAUUGUUAGUCUUCUCUACUGCUUUGGCAACCAUUUACAUACAUGGAAAUUCUUGAAACAAUGUACAAAAUCAACUUUUCAAGUGAUAUUUUGGUUCCUCUUUUGAUAUGUAGCAUUGAUUUGGAUAUUGUCAAGGUUCAUAAGCUGUUGUUGACUAUUAGGGAGGUGCAUAGCAUAUGUUGUGGUCCAUAACAAGUGUGGCCCAUUGCUAAUCAGUAAAGGCCAGAAGGUCGUUCUAAUGAAUGGUGGAUGUUUUUAUGUUGUUCAUUAAGGACAGUGAUGCUUUCAAUUGGUUGGCUGCUUCACCUUUUCGGAAUCAGAUCAUGAACAAAAGAUGCAGUUUCCAUACAACUUACAAAACUAUUGACAGAUUCUUGAAGGGCAUUAAACACAACUUUAGAUGAGAGUACACCUUCAGUUUUUAUGGAAAGGGAUCCAUUUUAUUAUUUAGAAGGAAGGAGAUUGUUCUUCAUUUGUAAAAAUUAAAAUUUGGUGUCUUUAAAGAGUAAACUGGAUAUAAUUAGAAAAGGAUAUUGUGUUUUCAUUUGUUGAUUCAUGCACUAGGCAUCCUUGGCCUUGUGUCCCAGCCAAGGAUACCAAGCAGGGGCGUCAUGAGGGGCCACUACCAGGGGGCUGCGUCUCCUUGUCUCUAGAUGCUGUCCCCCUCUCCUCCACACAUGGCUAUUUUUGUUAUGCAUGCAUUUAAUGUUUUCAACACAGGAUAUAUUCUCAAUCCAUUUCUCUUUGCUUUUACUUUAUCGGUUGUUUUUUUCAGCUCAUUACAAUCCUUCUGCUGUGUUUGCUGGGUCAGUGUUCCAUGUUCUUCACUUCUUGUGUUGCCAGCCCACUGCCUGUUGUUCACUUCCUCCCCUUAUCACUUGUUGGCUGGCUCACCUUAUCUCCACCCUGUUAAUGUUGUUGGUGGCCUGUUGCAGUCACACACUUUCCACCGUGGCCUGUUGAUUGGCCAUGUCACCCGGCAUAGCACACACUCCCUUUUGUUUCCUCAGCAGUCUGGUGUGCUCCUGUCGCUGAAUGUAGCUUACGGCGCCCCUGUUUUGGUUCUAUUCACAUCAUUCAUUAUUCAACUCACUCACUGCCAUAUAAAGAAAUUAGGAAAGUAUGUAUGUAUCCAGUAAAAAUCAAGGUGUUGCAUCUAUGUUGUUAGAUAAAGAUGUACAAGUUAAACUGUGUUGCAGGUUUAUAGCAUUGAUGAUGUAGAGAUCCAGGAGGAGAGGGAGAGAGAGGAGAGGGAGGCUGAUCAGUCCAUUGUGUUGUUUUAGUGUCACUAAAUAAAACAAAAAAUGUCUGAGGAUAUUUGAAAUGUCACAAAUUAUUAAGUUUUCUGUCCAGGCACAAUAAGGACAAAUGGAUCACUUCCCAGCCUCCCACACGAGGGGGCGGGCAGUGUGGUGUGUCUUGAGGUGCUGGCCAGCCUCUUGCUUGUUGUUCUCUCUCUCUCCAGGGUCACAAACUGUGCAUUGUAGUUGUUGAAAUUAUUCCUCUGCUGAGUUAAUAAUAUGUGUUCUCUCAUCUACCGGGUGCCUGGCGUGCACUGUCCCGGGAUCUCAGUUUGGCAACGGCCCGAGGGGGUGAGGAGGACGGGAAGGUGUCUCGUGGAGGGUCAGGAGUGCGUUCUUAGCUUUUUGUACUUUGAAUGUGCUUCUCACUAAAGGAUAUUGAAGGUUUAUUGAUUCCGGACAAAACCACCUUAGUUUUCCUUGGUCCUCCGACACACACUGUACAUUUUGUAAAGUAUGCUGUUUAGCAUGAAGGGUCCAAUGGCAUAACAAUUUUGUUGUUAACAAUUAAGACUUGCCUAUGGUACAACUGCAGCUUUUUCAUGUGGCCUAAAAUGCAUAUUUUCUCCCUUUGUCUAAGCUAAGAACAGCAAUAAAACUAUUCUUUUUUGUA